CCUCUUCUACCUAUUUCCUCUUUCUCUCUGUGAAUCUGACUCCCAACACCAUACACCUCUUCCACCUACCCACCACAACUCUCUCUCUCUCUCUACUGAAUUUGCUUCCUUAGUGAUCGUUGUGUGUAUACUUCUGUAAGCACCGGGAUACACGUGAAAGCUAAGAGAAUCGAUGGAGGUUUUACAUUUCGUCUUUGGAAUUUUUGGGAAUGCUACUGCUCUCUUUCUUUUCUUGGCACCAGCGAUAACGUUCAAGAGGAUCAUAAAGAGUCGGUCGACGGAGGACUUUUCCGGCGUUCCGUACGUGGCGACGCUGCUCAACUGCCUCCUGUCGGCGUGGUACGGGCUUCCGUUCGUGUCGCCGCACAACCUGCUGGUGAGCACCAUCAACGGCGCCGGCGUGGCCAUCGAGUCGGUCUACGUGUUGCUCUUCCUCAUCUUUGCCGUCGACAGGAAGGCGAGGGCGAAGGUGGGUGGGCUGCUCUGCCUGGUGCUUCUUCUCUUCUCCGCCGUCGCCCUCGUCUCGAUGCUUGCCCUCCACGGCCAGCACCGCAAGAUCUUCUGCGGUUUCGCCGCCACCAUCUUCUCCAUCUGCAUGUACGCCUCCCCACUCUCCAUCAUGAGGUUGGUGAUCAAGACGAAGAGUGUGGAGUACAUGCCAUUUUUCCUCUCCCUAUUUGUCUUCCUCUGCGGCACUUCCUGGUUUGUCUACGGCCUUCUUGGUCGCGACCCCUUUGUCGCAGUCCCCAAUGGGUUUGGGUGUGGGCUUGGAGCCCUGCAGUUGAUCCUCUAUGCCAUCUACAGGGACUGGAGUGGUGAUGACAGGAAGAAGAAGGUGAUGAACAGCAACACCAACAAUGCAGGAGGAGAAGGCCUUAAGGCCAAUGCCACAGAGAGUGCUGCCGCUGCUGUUGAUGCUGAUGCUGAUGCUGAUGCGGAAGCCAUGGAAAUGGGCUAUGUCAAGCAAGAAAGUAAGCCUACCAACAUGGUCCCUUCCCCCCGCAAGUGACCUCGACACUUGUCGCCGUGCCGGCCAGGGGGCGGCGACGUGGCUUAUGGCCCACUCUUAUGUUGUAGAAAUCUAAAUACCUAUGUCUUUCUUGGCUUUAUGGCUGUUGCCCAGCUUGUUUACAAGAGAGUGCUUUCAGGCUGGGAGGAGCUUUAAACAAUGUCCAUUAGCAAAGAAAUCUGUCUCUCAAGGAGGAUUCGCUUGUUUCCUUUUGUUUUGGAAAUCUAAGUUCCUUCUUGUUUC